UUCCUCUUCCAAAAAGGCAGAGGAUAGGACUGCAGUUGGCACUGAAAACCCAGUUGAGCUGGGUGAAGCUCUUUCACCAUGAGGCUAGCUAUACUUUUCACUGGGGCUUUACUGGGUUUAUUAGCAGGACAGGGGGCAGGGAAUGACUGUCCUCGGAAGAAAUCUGCCACUCUGCUGCCAUCCUUCACGGUGACACCCACAGCUACAGCCAGCACAAAGACAACCAGCCACAGCACUACCAAGAGUCACAGGACCACCACUCCACGCACCACCAGCCAGAGACCCACACCAACCACUCACAAUCCUACCACCACCACCAGCCAACGCACAACGACCCACAGGCCUACCACCACUGGUCAUGGGAACACCACAGUUCAUCCAACAGACAACAGCACUACCACCAGUCCGGGAUUCUCCACCAGUUCCCCCCAACCAGGACCACCUCCUUCACCCUCUCCAAGUCCUAGCCCAGGCAUUAAGAACAUAGGAAACUACAUAUGGAACAAUGGUUCUGAGCCUUGUGUCCGGCUCGAAGCCCAGAUUCAGAUGCGAAUUCAAUACCCAACCCAGGCUGGAAAAGAGGCCUGGGGCUCCUCUGUAUUGAACCCCAGCAAAACCAAGGUCCAGGGGGGUUGUGAGAGUACCCACCCCCAGUUGCUUCUCUCAUUCCCCUAUGGACAGCUCAGCUUUGGAUUCAAGCAGGAGCCACUGCACAACACUGUCUACCUAAACUACAUGGCUGUAGAGUACAAUGUGUCUUUCCACGAGGCAGCACAGUCAACAUUCUCAGUUAAGAAUUCAUCCCUUCAAGAUCUUCAAGCCCCCUUGGGCAAAAGCUUCAGUUGUGAAAAUGCAAGCAUCACUCUUUCACCAGCUUUCCACCUCGAUCUGCUCUACCUGAAACUACAGGCUGCUCAGCUGCCCGCCACAGGAGACUUUGGACCAAGUGUCUCUUGUACCAGUGACCAUUCCAUCUUGCUGCCUCUCAUCAUCGGCCUGAUCCUUCUUGGCCUCCUUGCCCUGGUGCUGGUUACCUUCUGCAUCUUCCAGAGACGCCCACCCUCCUACCAGCCCCUCUGAGCGUAUGCCUUAAUACCCAGGACACCAUGCAUCGGGUUCAGAGACAAAGUUACCUUUUCUCUGUGUCUUGAAAAGCAAAAGUAGUGAUAAUGUAAUUGAAGGGGGUGAGGGGAGAGUUUUAUUAAACGUGACAGGUUCCCCUCUCUCCAACUCCACUGGGAGAGUGGUAAAACCUACUCCAUCUUGGUUCUCCGCUUUCCAUGUCCUUCCUGCCUGGAAUAAAAGUAUCUUGU